CCUACUUGCCUUUAAAGACAAGCAUCUGUGUCACAUUUAUGGUCUUCAUAAUAAAUAGUUUUUUUGUCUCAUUCAAUGUACAUUUACCAGCUGUAAAAAGCUCAGUUUAUAAUUUGUAGUUGAACGCGAGAUAUAGCUUUACUAUUAUACCGGUCAUCUUAUGUCUGUCUUGGGGGUAAAGUCAGACGAAGACACGCUAACCAAUAAGAGCGAUACACACGUUAAGACAGAGGAAACUACACGUGGUGAAAAUAUAUACAUGGAUUAAAAUUAAUAAACAGGAUUAAAACGUAAGAUAUCAAUAAUUCGUAGCUCAAGACAAAGGAGCAUAAAGACUAUAGUACUACAUAUACCAAUAUAGCAUAAUGACGACUAGUAUUGUGUCAUUUUUAGCAGUCCUAACAAUAUUUGUUGUAUAUACAAAUGCAUGGGUAACAUCUGAUCAAUAUAUAACUAGAAUAGAAGAUGAGGAACAAUAUAAACAAUUUAUAAUAGACAACAAGUUUUCUUUAGUUUUCUUUGUUGAUAAGUCAAAAAGAAGCAAGGAAUUCACUCCAGAGUGUUUCAAACUUAGUGGAAUCCUACACGACUCAGAGCCCGAUGUCAAAAUGGCAUGGGUAGAUAUACAAAAGUAUCCUGAUAUCGGUCGUAAAUAUAGUAUUCCCACAAUGCCAGGCAUCGUGUUCUUGAGAGAAGAGCGUCCUUCGAUUUAUCCAUACACCUCUAAAGAUCUAACAGAUGUGUCAGAGAAAGUCAUACCAUGGCUUCUUAAGAAAAAGGGCACUUUGGUUAAAACGAUUAAAUCAACGAAAAUAGCUAAGCUCAUAACAGAACCAUUGAAGAUCUCCCUCAUAGCCUUCUUCCGUAACACCAAUUCUAGGGAAUUUAGGGCUAUUAAACACACAGCAUACGAUACGACCAACAUUGGAUUCUACACGAUCCAAGACCAAUCUAUAUGGAGUGAAUACAAAAUUUAUAAGGAAUCUCUCGUCCUGUUCAACUCGGAAACAUGGCAAAGCUUCACAUUUGAUGGUCCGUACGAUAUUGAUAGUAUCAAGAACUUCAUCCACACAUUCGCCUUGAAAGAUAUCGUAGAGUGGGAACAAAAGUAUACAUACAUAUUCAACCAAGUCAGAGACGCCGACUUUGUCGUGGUAUUCUUCCCAAGGAAUAAGCAAAGACUCAAGGGUCUCGAAGAACUGGCAAAACCCAAACGAGGAAAGAUUGUGUUCAUUUAUGUUGAUACGAUUCAUGCGGCGGCAGUAAGUGCACCAUUCAAGACAUUAAAGAUGCCUGUGGAGAACUACACAGAAACCUUCAGAUACGUCAAGGUCGAAGAGAACAUAGGACUUCAGCAAUACAAGCCUAAAGACGAAUCAGUAACAGUUGAUAACAUCAAGGCAUUUAUUGAACAGAUGGAAAAGGGAGAUGUUGAGCCACAUAAAGUGAGCCAGGCAGUUCCAGAUGGCUGGAAUGAUAAGCCGAUGAAGACACUCGUGAGGGAUACAUUUAUUGAGGUUAUCGGUGAUAAAACCAAAAGCAGAUUUGUGGAGUUCUAUGCUCCUUGGUGUGGACAUUGUAAGAAGCUCUCCCCGAUUUGGCAAGAGUUAGCGGAAAAAUAUGAAGACAAUAAAGACGUGGUGAUCGGUGCCAUAGAUGCAACUAGUAAUGAUUUAGAUAUAAAGAUUGGUGGAUACCCAACUCUUCAAUUCUACCCAAAAGGCGCAGAUGAGCCUGUACAAUUCGAUGGAGAAAGAACCCUCGAAGGGCUUUCGUCAUUUAUAGAAAAAUACGCAAAGAGUGAAAAGGACGAGCUAUAGCAAAGGUGUCAAGCGUGCCAUGCCAAACAUCUUUAUCAUUGUAAAAUAUGCCAUGGUUAAUAAAUAUAAAACAUUUCUGUGGUGAA